AUUUUGUAAAGUUCUUGGCAGGCUAGUUGAUGUGUUAAAAUUCGGAAUAGUGUACUAAACAUUACAAAAAACAUAUUAACAUAUUAUUGAGCCGAGCAUUUACAUCCAAAUGUAUUUUUUAUUUUGGAGAAACACACAGUGACAAACAAAUGUAAAAUUAAGUCAGAAAGUUAGACUUCUGCAAUACAUUUUCUUAAAUUGAGAUAAAGAAUGCAAAGAAUUACCCAAAAACUAGGUUUUUAUGCACAGCACAGAGACUAGGACUAGAGGAAACAAUAUUUGAAGACAGAUUUUGACAUUUUUUUCACAGGGUGGUGAGUGUUGCUAUUGCAGAGUCAUUGGGAUUCUUUUAAACUGAAUAGACACACUUUUAACUCAAUCAGCUAAUAGAAACUGGACGAGCCUCCUGUCGUUCUUAAACUUAUGUUUUAUGUAUGUAUUAAAUGUAUGUAUGUACAUAUACAUUUAGCAUGAUUGUGUGCAGCUCUAAGAUAUGAUAUCUAAGAUAUUUUCUUCAGAUUUUCUUGGCUUUAAAAACAUAUUCAUUGCAACAUGUUGAUGGGAAGGUUAACCAUGCAAAGGACAAUUCGGAUAAUGGUUUUGGUUGCUUUCAUUAUUUUAGUCUUCUACUGGAUUAAUAGUCACAUAAAAGAAAAUAUUGAACAGUACAACAUGCUAAAGUACAUGGAUGAAAGAAAAAUCAACUGUACAAGAAUUAUUGAAGGUAAUGCUGAUGAGAUUGAGCAGGCUAAGCUUCAGGUGAUCACAGUUAAUUAUAAAAACAAACACAGACCAAAAAAUGAUCAAUACUAUAUUGAUCUUACCAGAAACUGCGGGGACUUCACAAAGGUCUGCAAGUACUUAACAUUUCCUCUCAGUGAAGAAGAAAAAGAAUUUCCUAUUGCAUAUUCAUUGGUUGUUCACCACAAAAUUGAUACAUUUGAAAGGCUUUUACGGUCCAUAUACACACCUCAGAAUUUUUACUGUGUCCAUGUUGACAAAAAAUCCCCAGAGUCCUUCUUGGCUGCUGUGAGAGGAAUUGCAGCUUGCUUUGAGAAUGUUUUUGUUGCCAGUCAGCAGGAAAGUGUUGUUUAUGCAAGCUGGAGCAGGGUACAGGCAGAUAUCAACUGCAUGAAAGACCUUCAGAGAAGGAGCUCGACAUGGAAGUACUUUAUCAACCUCUGUGGCCUGGAUUUCCCGCUAAAAACCAACCUGGAGAUAGUUAAAAUACUGAAGGGGCUGAAUGGGAGAAACAGCCUGGAAACUGAAACAAUGCCACCUCAUAAAGAGACAAGAUGGAAGAAACAUUAUGAAGUUGCUGAUGGCACAAUAAAAAAAACAAGCAUUGACAAGGCUCCUCCGCCCAUUGAAACUCCAGUGUUUGCAGGUGGGGCCUACAUAGUGGUGAGCAGGAGCUUCAUUGAAUACAUAUUGGAAGACCAGAAAAUACUUAAAUUCAUGGACUGGGCUAAUGACACCUAUAGUCCUGAUGAGUUCUUAUGGGCAACGCUGCAAAGAACUCCCGGUGUCCCUGGCUCUAUUCCAGUCAAUUCAAAGUAUGAUGUCACUGACAUGAACUCUGUGUCAAGGUUUGUUAAAUGGAGCUAUCAUGAAGGAAGCAUGUCCAAAGGAGCCAUGUACCCCCCAUGCGCUGGCGUGCAUGUAAGAUCAGUAUGUGUGUAUGGAGCAGGGGAUUUGAACCAUAUGCUGCAACAACAUCAUUUAUUUGCUAAUAAAUUUGAUACAGACGUGGACCCAAUUGCCAUUCAAUGCUUGGAAAAACAUUUAAGACAUACAGCGAUUGUUGAAGCUACUAUUAAUAUUAUUGCAGGUGCAAAAAAUAAUUAAAAACACCCUUUUGUUCUGUACACUGAUAUCCGUCUAUUAAGUUAACUUUUCGAUCCUCUAAUUGAAUACAAAAAAUACAAAAUUUUCAAUAUUAUUAUGUUAAAUAGUCUCAUUACUGUAGUCACCAUUUAGACUACAGCAAAGGGAUUUUCAUCAUAGUCCAUAGCAACACUCCAAAGACUGAUUAUUAGACAUGUUCUCUCUCACUCUUACCUGUUCACAGCAGAGGCAACACCUGUACUCUUUUUUUUCACUGAUAAAUAAACUUGAACUUGUUUUGUUUUGUAUUUUUGCUGUUGCAUUACAUGCCAGAAGUGGCUGGAUUUCAGUUUAAUGGUCUCUUAUUAUUAUUAUUAUUUAUUAUUAUUAUUAUUAUUAUUAUGAAGUUUCUUUGGAGGUUUCAUUUUACAAGCCCAAGCUGAAUUGUUGUAAUGUUGUGUCUUUCUUCUAAUGUAAUGGCUGAAUUUUCAUAUUCAUUAUUAGUGGUUGAUGUUUGACAAUAAUUCAACAGAAUUUACUGUCACAGAGCCACCACAGCUGGUAAGGCCAUUCCUGUGGCUGACCUAAACUUCAGCGAGUGGUGCAAACACAGCUGUUCAUUUAUCUGGACUGGACUGUUGCACUGCAACAAAGCCUAGUAUUGAUACACACAAGCACCUAUCGAUGCCUUGACCAGACUGCACCCAACUACCUCCACACCCUCAUCUCUCCCUAUACCCCCACCUGACCUCUUCGCUCCACCUGCACUAGAAGACUAGCUGUACCUCCUUUAUGCUCCCCUGCCUCCAGAGCCCGCUCCUUCUCCACCCUC